AUGGUCAACUACCGCUGGCUCAGCGGCCGGAUACAGAUCAGAUCCGGCUACGGCUUCGUGGACUUCGACACGGCGGACGCGGCGCAGAAGGCGGUGAAGCAGCUGGUGGCGAAGAACAUCCAGGCGCAGAUGGCGCGCCAGCAGGAGCAGGAUCCGACCAACCUAUACAUCACCAACCUGCCGCUGACAUACACGGAGCGCGAGCUGGAGGCGCUGCUGCAGCGGCACGGCACCGUCAUCUCCACUCGCAUCCUGCGCGACGACCGAGGCACCAGCCGCGGCGUCGGGUUCGCCAGGAUGGACAUGCCAGAGACCUGCCAGAAGAUAAUCAAGACGCUGAACGGCCACACGCUGGAGAGCCACAGCGCCAAGCUGGCCGUCAAGUUCGCCGACGGCAACAAGAAGCGUCAGCAGCAAAAGGGCCAGGAGGCGCGCUGGCGGCAGCAGGAGGCGGCGCCGCGGCUGCCGGGCUACGAGACGGCCGGCGCGCUGGCUGGCCUGCCCGCCCGUUACCCGGUGCCGCUGCCCUACCUGUCCGCGCCGGCCUGGCCGCAGCCGCCGCUGCUGUACGGCGCGCCGCUGCCGCCGCAGCUGGACCUCGAGACCUACAGCCUGCUGCAGGGCAUGCAGCAGCUGCAGCUGAGCGGUGCGCCGACGUCCGGCGGCGGCGGCGGCGGCGCCCCGUAUGGCGCGCCGCCGCAGUACCAGCCGGCCUACCCGGCGGCCGCGUACCAUGCCCUCAGCGGCAUGGCGCCCUUCUACCAGCACCACCUGAUGCACGGCGCCCCGGUCGGCGCCGACGCCGGCGGUGCUGACGACUGAGCGGCCGUGCGCCGGGUUAGACCAAUGUGGAGCGACUGUACAUAGCGGUGGGCGGCGCCGCGCCGGCGGCAGCGAGCUUACGGCGCUCCCUGGACGCGGAGUCGGCGGCACAGGUUCGACCGCCGGCCGCGGUCAGCGCCACCGGCGCUCGGCGCGGACUAAACUCCGCUCAGGAAUGCAUGUCGCUGCGGGCGAGCGCCCGGCCCGCCACGCUCGGGGGUGUUGCGUGUUGGACCAGAGGCGCGGAGACUGAUGGCCGCGAGCGGCCCGGUUGAGGCCGCCGCUCAUCCCACCUGCCAUCUGCCGUCGCGCGGGAGAACUGUGGACGGCGGGGCGGUGAUGCCGCGUCCCUGUUGCCGACCGUGUUGUUCUUCUCGGAGCUUCUGCCCGCUGCUCAUUCUUCGACGGACUGCAGUGGCCGCCGGGCCAUCAGGACGCCGAUGUCAAGGACCUCACAUUCCAUCUUCAGUCAACCGACGCUGGUGUUUGUCGUGCUCUGUGACGUUUUCACAACGGCCUUCUAUUUAAUUCAGUUGCCUAUACGCCAAGCUGGGGGGUUUGUUUGCGGACAGUUUCCUUCCAUUCUGUGUACUGUGCGACAGGGACGAGGGAGUUGAGAUGCUAUGUCUUUGUGAACAUCUUCAGCAUUCCAGGCCUUGAUUAAGGGUGUAUCUGUCACGUGGUGCCUUGCCUCUUCUGAUAGUUCCCGUUGGCAUUCGGAUGCAUUUUAAUACGAUCGUUCUCGGGCGCCUGAUUUCGCGGGCGUGUGAUAUUGGCUGGGUUGUGGAGCAGCGUAUUUGCCUGCCGGGACCAUCCAGUGCACUGCGCAUCUCGGCACGCCAACGCGGGGCGGUGCUGCACGUGCUCCACUACACAGGCGCCCUUAGUUUACUUGCUCGGCGUCUUGCGAACCCAAUGAAACCUAGAAAAAUCGCCUGUGAUCGAACUCCACACCAUUUACAGGGUUGUUCCCAGCGUCGAGUCAUGGACGAAAACGACCAAAUGAUAUCUAGAUGAUAGGUAGACGUUGCAUUGUUACAGAGUCUAAUGUGAACGGCAGGGAUGACCCCAUCAAUAGUCCCUCGACCUGUCGCUGCGCUCAUCCCGGACGCGUUCGAAUGGACAGGACAAGCGGUGGCGCCGCUACCAGAUAGUCUGCAUCUGCUGCGCCGGCUCCCCCGGCGCGGGCCCCCUCCCGACUCUGGACCUCUCACACAGCAGACGCUAUUUUUGUACAUAUGUGUUGUGGUAGUGCGAGGCUGCCUGCCUGGCCACUAGUGUAUUGUACAUAUCGCCGUCUGCGCCGCGGGCGCGCUGGCGACGCGCUUCUGGCGACACCUAUCGUCUGAAUCACGAACCCACUCGUGGCCGCGGACGUCGCAGGCCAGGCCGGCUGGUGACCUGAACUGCUCUGUGGUCGCCGCGUUCGGGGAUCUUGGCUACUAUGGUCGCCGUGUUAGGUGGCCUGGCUACUCUGGUCGCCGCGUCCGGGACAUGGGCGACUAUGGUCGCCGCGGUCGGUGAAGUGGGCUUCUCUGGUCGCCGUGUCAGGGGACCUUGGCGACUCUGGUCCCCACGCCGGGCGACGUCGCAGGCCCGCUUCGGGUGCGUCUGGAGCGAGAGAGCGCCAACGGCGCGCCUCUUCGGGUGCGUCUGGAGCGAGAGAGCGCCAACGGCGCGCCUCUGGGGCUGAGUACCGCGGAUGGCAUGGCAGGCCGCGGUUGGACAAUACAAAAGGACGAAAAGGACA